GUGAGGUGAAAUUUGGGGGUAUACAAGACAAAUCAGGCUCUGGAAAGGUUGAGAACCUCUGCAGUAAAGAGACCCCUGUAGAUGCAAACAUGGAAGCUCACUGGAUAUAGACAAUCUAUUGAAGGUUAAUGGAAAGUGAAGCAAUUACAGGAGCUGGCCAUUUGUUUCAGUCUCUGGUUAUUAAAUGCAAACACAGUAUAAAAAAGAAUUCAUUCCUAACCAGCUUGAAUCACUGCAGCUGUAAAGAUACAGGCUCUCGUGAAUAUUUUCGCAGUAAACUUUUCAUACCAGAUAAGAAAAUACUUAACCAACUGCAGAGAAAUAAGAGUUUAAAGCAGGUGGGUAGAGCUGACUGGCCUUUUGCCAUCUCCUAAGCCAGAGCAGGUUAGUUAGACCUGCCCUCGUCUACAAAUAAAUCAGUUACUUUCCUGUUAGGCUGCAAUGUUUUUUAAUCCACCUUGGUUUGUUAAGGAAAUCUGAGUGCUAUUUACACAGCUGCAAUUUCUCUAUGUUCUUUCCCAAUUUUUAAUCAGAGUGUGUGAGAAGAAAGUGACUUCCUCAGCAUGGGCUCUACCAAUUUUGCCGUCCCAAGCAGUUGCCGCUGAAUUGCCGCCAUCACAACAGCAGUGGAGCUGCCACCCAAAAGCUGCUGCGGCGGGAAAAGCGACGUAGCUGCUGCCGAAUUGCUGCUGCGGGACACAGACUGCCGCCCCAUUCUAAUUGCCACCCCAAGCACCUACUUGGAAAGCUGGUGCCUGGAGCCAGCCCUGUUCCUCAGAAAUCUCUUGCAGACAGAGGGCAAAAAUCCCUAAAAUGGGUCAGAGAAACUAAGUUUCUUUUGGAUGAGGCAGAAAACUGAGGUCAUGGUGACCUGUGGUUAUUAGAGCCCAUGAAACAUCUUGCAAGCAGAGAGGAAGUGAGCUGAGCAGUGCCUGCAGAGAGAAUGCUUCGGUUGAUCUGGACUAGACUGAGUGCCAGCAGGUGGAGGCAGCUUUGGGCACAAGCUCUGGCUACGCCUCACUUCAGACUGACAUUGCCUCCAUACUAUACAACACAUCAAAAAGGGAGAUACUCAAGUAAAGCGAACAAGGAAUCCACAUCCUUUGUCAUGAACCUGUUCAACGGGCAGCUUGUACCUGACAAUGUUUUUCCUUUCCCCUCAGUGCUCUCAAUGGAGCAGAUGCAGUUCCUGCAAGCCCUGGUAGAUCCCUGCACCCGCUUCUUCAAGGAGGUCAAUGAUCCUGCGGAGAACGAGAAGCUGGAGAGCAUUGAGAAGACCACCCUGGCGGGGCUGAAGGAGAUGGGAGCCUUUGGGCUGCAGGUGCCUGAGGAGCUGGGGGGAGUUGGGCUGACACACACCCAGUAUGCUCGGAUAGUGGAGGUGGUUGGAGUGCACGACCUUGGUGUGGGCAUAAGCCUUGGUGCUCAUCAGUCCAUCGGCUUUAAGGGAAUCCUGCUCUUUGGGACCCAGAGUCAGAAGGAGAAAUACCUGCCCAAGCUAGCAUCUGGAGAGACCAUCGCUGCCUUCUGCCUGACGGAGCCGUCUAGUGGCUCAGACGCAGCAUCUAUUAAAACCCUCGCAGAGCUCAGCGAGUGUGGGAAAUUCUACACGCUGAACGGCGGGAAAAUAUGGAUCAGUAAUGGAGGGACAGCUGAGAUCUUCACAGUGUUCGCCAAGACCCCGGUAAAGCAGCCAACAGGGGAAGUGAAGGACAAAAUCUCAGCCUUCAUUGUGGAGAGAGCAUUUGGGGGCGUGACCAGUGGCCCCCCGGAGAAGAAGAUGGGGAUCAAGUGCUCCAAUACAGCUGAAGUGCACUUUGAUAACGUGAAGGUGCCAGCAGAAAAUCUGCUUGGGGAGCUUGGAAAAGGCUUUGUGGUCGCCAUGCACGUACUGAACAAUGGGCGCUUUGGGAUGGCCUCCGCCCUGUCAGGCACCAUGCGUGGAGUGAUUGUCAAAGCUGUUGAUCAUGCUGCUAAUCGUAAGCAGUUUGGAGACAAGAUCAGCAACUAUGGGGCUAUUCAGGAGAAAGUUGCGCGGAUGGCCAUGCUGCACUAUGUUACGGAGUCGAUGGCCUAUGUGGUGAGCGCCAACAUGGACAUGAAGGUGCCCGAUUACAAGCUCGAAGCUGCAAUCAGCAAGAUUUUUGCCUCAGAAGCAGCCUGGCACGUCACAGAUGAGUGCAUCCAGGUCCUUGGAGGAAUGGGAUACAUGCAGGAAGCUGGUGUCGAAAGAGUCUUGAGGGACCUGAGGAUUUUCCGCAUUUUUGAGGGCACCAAUGAUAUCCUUCGCUUGUUUGUGGCACUAACGGGCAUUGAGUAUGCUGGGGUCCAGUUAAAGAAUCUGCGAACAACUGUCAUGAAUCCAUCGGGGAAAACUGAGACCAUCCUAAAAGAUAUCUGGAUGAGAGCAAAGCGUAAAGUUGGGAUUCCCACUGGCUUGUCUCUGGAGGGAAUCGUUCACCCAGGCCUAGACAACAGUGCAUACCUGGUGACGAGGGCCAUUGACCUGUUUGGCGAAGCUAUUGAGAGCCUCCUGCUGAAGUACGGCGAGAAGGUGAUAGAUGAACAGUUUCAUCUGAAACGCGUGGCCGACGCUGCCAUUGACAUCUAUGCCAUGGCUGUGGUGAUCUCCAGGGCCAGCCGCUCUCUGUCUCUGGGACAACCCACUGCUGAGCAUGAGAAGCUCUUGUGUCAAACAUGGAGCCAUGAGGCAUUUGAGCGAGUGAGAGAGAAUCUCCGAGCAGUGAAAUCAUCUACGUGGAAUCAGUCCUUUGCUAACAUGAAGCUAAUAUCUAAUGCUGUUGUACGAAACCAAGGGAUCCUAGCCGCACACCCACUGGGCUUCUGAACAGAAAUGCUGCUUUGGCUGACAAUGAGCAACAGCUACAAAUCAAUCCUAUUAUAUAGAGAAAUAUUACAUGAUACGCAGUUUGCUUCUGUCUGUGAGAAAAGCCAAUACUGUGCCACAGUGUCACUGCUAAUGCAUGCGAGGGGCUGUGCAUCUGUCCCGUUCUCUGAGGACCCUGAGCACAUGGACAUAAAGGACCCCCACUGUGGAUUGUUGGGGCAGCCUGCAUGCAUAGCAGCUCCCCGUCACUCCUCCAUCCUGGUCAAGGAGAUUAAUUUGGGCCACAUGGGUUCCAGCUGAGGGCAGAUUUUAACUGCCUCUUGCCUGCACCCUUCUAGCCUGCUCCAGGGGUCCCACUGAGGCCUUUGCUGAGGGAUAGAGAAGGUCACCCCAAGAUGCACUGAGCCAUGGCUGCUAGAUCUCGUCAUUGUGUCUAUGGUUCUCUGGGUGAAGGGGAGAGGAUCCUGGCUAAGUCAGUGCACACAGACUCCUGACCAUCUCCUGGUCUUCUGCCUCGUCCAUACCGAGUCCUGCUGUAGGGGAGCCUGGGGAUGUUGUGAUCUUUGGCCGAGGGUUUUACUGACCCUGGCACAGGAGACUGUGAGCUUCUCGCUGUCUUUACAUGCCACGUGAGGUGAGCUCUGGUUUGGUGGGCUGGGAUCUGGCUGAGGGAGGUGCCUUCUCCAGCCAGGGCUGCGUGCAGCAUGGGCCUGCAUGGGCAUGCUGGCUUUGGGGGUCAGUCUUGGUGA